AUGAGCCGUGUGUCAAUGGUCGCCGGCCACGCCGUCCGGUCUCCCUCCCAGGUUUCGGUGGGUGGUGGCGGUAGGUGGCUCGCCUACAGCUGCGCAGAAGACAUUGUGGUGGUGUGCGCCUUGAAGCACGGCGGUGCUGUUGAUUCGCCUGAUAACAAUAAUGAUGCCACCACCUCUCGUGGCGCCGAUUUUGUAGAUGCGACUCGAACAGUGCUAUUACAAAAUGGUGAAAAGUUGUCCGUGAUUCACCUGCAUCAAAGUAGAGACCUGCUUUGCAUUGGAACUGCCGAUAGCGGCUUAUACUUAACCACUGCGUCAGAUCCAACAUUCGCUGGGGCAACUGCAAAGCUGCCCAUACGGCUUACAGGGGAGAGCGUCUUUGCCGCGUGCUUCCUCAAUAGUGUUCACGAGAGCUCGGACGUGCUAGUGGUCUCAUGCGGCAUGAAAGAGCUCGCGAAGGACCGCUUUCGUCUCUCUCUGUGGGAUGUGCAGACACGGACGUUGCUCUGGCGAGGCUGCGCUGAUGCGCUUGAUGUUAUUGUGGCACUGCCGGGCUCCAGCGGCUUCGCCUCCUGCACGUCACGGGAAGUGACGCUGUGGAGUGUGCAACGGUCCGACGUGGGCGAGGCGAAGACGCAGGAAGGCAGCAAAAAUGCUUCUGCUGCUGCUGCUGCUGCUGCAGCCUCUUCUUCCUCUCUGGCCGCCAGCACUGGGACCGCAAAGUGCGAAGAUACCGGCAGUGGCACAUUGACGGUAUUAAGCAAACCCUGCAGCGUUGUGAGCGAGCUGCGGGACACCGAAUUUGUUGCGUUGGUGCCACCCGUUGAGGGCGAGACCACGCUGACGGCACUGACAACGGUUGGAUUUCUGGUUUCCUUCGAUUGUCGCAGUGGGGCGGCGGUGAAGUGGAUGGACUGCAAGGUGUGCCCCGCCACCGCGGCUUAUCAAAGUGCGAACAACGUCAUUGUGUGUGGUGCGCUGGUCCGCUUCUUUUCUGCCGAUAGCUGGGAGUUUCGUGGAAAGAUUAAGCAGAACGGUCCGCCAACGGUUGUGAGCUCUUCGUUCCUGACGCGGCUAAUGGAUUCGCUGUGCACUGGAGCCGCAGUAUGCCCAAAUGGUGACAGGCUUAUGCUCUUCUACAGCGGCGGUGAUCUGUCGCGGUACCGGGUCACAGAAUCCACGAGUGGGACGAUUAAGCUUUCGUUUCAGUGUGUUUACCAAUACACGCCGGUGUUGCCUGAUGAGGAGCCGCUGCGGUGGAUACCACUGGCGGCGAACGUGCUGUGUCUGUGGUCUCCGCAGCGGCUGCGACUCUACGAUAUGACGCUGCGGUCAUGCAGCAGCAUGGCUCUUGAGAGCACCUGCGCCACCUAUCACACUGAUCUUAAUGUUCUGCUGGUAUACGUGCCCUCCGCGUACGAAAUAGCCGCGAUUAUGCCCAACCUGGAGGAGGUGCUGUGCCGACUCAGUGUGGCUGAGCCGCUAACGAGCCUUGUUGCAUAUAGAAAGAACCAGUUUGUGGGUCUUUCCCCCGAUAACAGUUUAUUUUACUUUGAGGGACGGUGGAACGAGGGUACAAAAUUCUCCCUGCAGGCAUUACACACCACACGUCUGACAAGCUUCAAGGUGCCAUUGACACAACUUGUGUGGGCAGAAGGUGCACUGUGCGCUGCUUCGACCCAUUUGCUGGCGAACCUGCAGACUGGAAAGAACGUGUCUUUUAGCGCUGAUAUCAUCUCGUUUACUGCUGCUGGCGAUGCGUUGCUAGUGGUGCACCGCCACGGCUGCGUUGUUGUGGAAGUCGACACACUUCAGCCCGUCGGAGAGCCGUUGCAGGCUGUUGCGCUGAAGGAGGUGGUUUCUGCGCCGAAUGGGGGGCUCGUUGCUCUGCGCAGCGAAGGCGAACUUUCUGUUGUGAGCCUCGCCGAUAGAAAAUGCAUCACACAUCUCAAUUUUCAGCGCGCUGCACAGAACCACCAGAUGACGGUUCUUAUGAGUGUCGGUUUCACAGCCGAUGGUAGUGGCCUCGUCUUGUGCGACUCCAGGGGCAUCUUCACUUUACACGCACUGACUGACACAGGGUUCGACGCAUUAUCAACAACAUCCUCAUCAGCUGCAAGCAGGGCUGUGCCCGAUGCCAAACGACUUACUCAACAGAAGCAACAACACCGAGGGCGCUGCAGCACUCAACGAUCAUCAUCAUGCGGUGGGCCAACGAAUGUUGAGCUACAGUCUCGUUUCAAGGACCUCCACGGCUUCUACGAGUUUACACGGCGCAAACACAAAGAGCACGAGGGUGCUUACAAGAGGGUGAGUGCGGCAACGGCGACAAAAAAAUCACCAAGUGCCCCAGCCAAUUCUACAACAACAGUAACAACAGCUUCUACUACUACUACUACUACUACUACUGCUCCUACUACCGCUACAACUAGAAGCACCAGCGGUGUACUUAUAUUGGCCCAGGGAAACAGCAUACUGCAGAUACCUUCGACACCUCUAGAUCACCCGCUCCCGCCGUUGCGGAAGUGGGAAAGCGACCGUGUGCCAACGGAGCUGCCGCAAGUGCUUGGCGCCGCUGAAAGUUUUGAUGUGGGUGUAUCCACGUCAAUGGUGGAGGUAUCGGCGCUUACUUCCAUUGAGUCGAAGCCCACCUUUAGGUUGCGUACCCUUUCCGAAAGUGAGGCGGACAUGACACCUUCGCUUGCAGCCGACGUAUUGGCGCAGGAUCGCGCGAAGGUGACGUUCGCCGAGGCUCCGGCGUACGGUGUGCGGAGCCCCGCGCGCAAAGGGCAGCCGUCGCUGAGCCCAAUGAGGACACCGGAGGACGACGUUGUGAACAUCGACUCAAUGGAGCGCGAGGAUGUUCAGCGGCAACUGCACCACGACCCAGUUAACAUGGCGCUUGUGCAGCCGUUUGGGAACUUGUCUGCGUCGUCCUCGUCAAGCUCUGUUCGCGCAAGGUCAUUGGAGAUACGUGACCGUCUUAAGGAGCUUGCCGAGGCGUACGACCAGCAGAAAGAGGAUGAAGACAACGAUGCGGACUGUAUAGACGAUGAAACGGUGGAGGAGCUGUUCUCUACAGUGAACCGCCUUUACACAAGGCUGCAGUUGCGCCAGCAGCAGCGGCCCAGUAGUGCGGGUAGUGCCGUAAGCGAAUUUUCAAUUGUGUCGGUCAACGCCAUGCUGGCAGAACUACAGCGCCAAAGUAGCCGUAUCGAGGCGCAAAACCAAGAAAUCCUCGCCAGCUUAAUCAAGAAAUGA